UCUCUAUCUUGCGUGCUGAGAGGCGAGGAGAGACUCAAACGUCAACCUGUCGAGACGUUGGGUGCUGAUUGGCUCAAGUAUCAAACCUCUUAGCUAUCAAAGCGUGUUUAUUAUUUUGCUUUAUCAAAUGCAUACGAUUAAGAGGACGUGUUCGUCCACUGACGACGGAGCAACUCCAACGGGCCGUGCUACCACGAAGAGCAACAGCGACAGCAGCGACAGUACCAGCAGAGAGGCGCCGGUCGACAAAAACGUGCACGGGGGAUAUCAGAACGGAAGCGCGGUCUACAAAGCUCUCGGCCUGGUGUGCAGUAGUGGGUUUGACAACGUGGGUUGCGAGUCGACUCUAAGCCUCGUGUGCGUUUCGUACUGCAACAUCCUGCGGGAGAGUCUGGGUUGGAAAUUGACCGUGCAGCGAAGCACACCAGCUCGCUUCAUCAACCUCCUUCACCCUGCUGCUGACGCUGGUGCGAACGAGGGGCGUUGUGGCAGGAUUCGAGUUCCAGUGGCAAUCCAUCAUCUCACGUACGACCUGCAGGACUUCCCGACCGAUGUGGUCUGGCCUCGCGACCUUCGUCGCUUAUCUUUCGGCGAUAAUUUCAACGGCAGCAUCGAGGCCGUGCGUUGGCCCGCCCGGCUGGAGGUUAUGUGGAUGGGCCAGAGCUUCAAUCACCCUGUGGCGAAUGUCGAGUGGCCGGCAUCCUUGAAACAGCUAAGGUUUGGGCGCGCCUUCGAUCAAGACGUUGAGCGUGUGCGAUGGCCGAGUGAUCUCGAGCAACUGGUCUUUGGGCACCAGUUUAACCGCCCUAUCGCCAGCAUGAAAGAGUGGCCGCCUUCGCUCCUAGUACUGUCGUUCGGCCACGCCUUCAACCAGGGCGUUGCCGGCGUAGCCCUACCUCCUCGCCUGGAGUUCCUGGAGUUCGGGCAGGACUUCAACCACUCGAUCGACGAGCUUUCUCUGCCCCCCACACUUCAGCACAUCAGAUUCUCCCACAAGUUCGACCAGAACCUGGACCAGGCUUCCUGGCCGCGGUCCCUGCGUACCGUGUGGCUUUGCGGCACCUUCGCCCAGCCGAUCAGGAAUGUCGUGUGGCCGGCGGCCCUCAAGGUGCUUGCUCUGCCGGCGAGGUUUGGGAGACAGGGAGAACACGAAGAUGGCGAUGACGAUGAUGAUGAUCAAUGGCGGGCCGUUCUGCCUGUCGGCUGCCGGCUUCAGCGAGUAGAGUGCGGCUAGUCUACGGGAAAAGCCGACACCAUAGAGACCGAAACACGACUCCGCCGCCAACUGAUGAUAUUCCUUCGCAGUUCCCGUUGAUUUGGUUGGACAACCCCGAGAGUAUGUUGUUGUGCUGGCCAGGUUUUGCUCUGCACCGGGCCGAAGCGCCGUUCAAGACCAAAAAAAGUAGAGCAGUCAAGCCGUGGUCCAUGCUGCCACCCGCCGCUUCUGUUGUAGCCGGACAAGAAGGGGCUUUCGAAGGCAAUUUGGAUCUGUAUCACCUCGCCCGAUGGAAAUUUAAUCGGCACGAGAUCGCUGUGCGGAUCGAUGGGUGAGCUGUUGGAGUUGGCUCCUGCGGUCCGGCGAGGAUGUCAUGGUGAUCGAAUGACUGCCGUUUCACACCCUACGUGUACAUGUUGCCUGUUUUAGGGUUGUGGAUGUGGUACUUUAGACGGCAGACAUGGAGAAGUUUGUUAUAUGGAUGGACAAAGGACUGAACGUGUGCGUAUGCAUGGCCUAUAAUAUGCGCAUACAUACAAGGUGCAUUUCUUCUGAGAAAGGCUGGACGUACCACACACAGUUUACUCAGAUGUUUGGUUUCGGUUUACGUUUUCAUUUUCUUGGUGGUAGGGCCGCCGGGGGGAAAUGUGAAAUUUGCGCGAAGCGCGACAGGUUCAUGCAUGUGUGUCUUGACUGAACAUUUUUUUUUCUUUAUUUGUGCCGACCGCCCAAACCGACUGGCCAAUGACUAGGGGGGAGUCCCAGUGCGGGUAAAAACGAGGAAUUGACCCUUCAAAAGGUCAUGAUCUAGGGUCAGUCCGGUGAAGGGCAGUCAGGGUAAGCGUACGCUUUGUGUGUGCGGCGGUCGUUGGUACAUUUUUUUUUUGUCACGCCGUUAGUUCUGGAGUCGGUCUUGCGGUACCUACAAGUUCGCGUGGAGACACACGGGGAGACACAGACAGAAUGUUGUACAGGAGGAAGGGAAGAAGGCCACUCAGGAGUUAUUUCAAUUUAUAAAAUACAAAAUAUCCCUGCUGUUUCGGUCCCUAUAGAAAUGCUCGUUUUUUCUGCUUUGCCGUCUCGUGCGUCGUGUCGCUUCUCCGUGGACAUGCUGGGUAGGGGUGCGUAGCGUUGGAGGGUCGGCUCCAAACUCUUUCUGGCUGCAAACAUGGCCGGCCAUGUGCUCCUCAACAAAAGGGGUCGGUGAGAUACCCCUCCGUUCACACGGGCAUGCGCUGUGACUCGCUCUUGGAUGGGCACGCGGAUUUGAGUUAUGUUGCGAUUUGCACAAUGUUUAUCAAGUGCGUUGGAUCGUAUCCCAACGGUGAGCACGUGCGUGUAGUGGGGUGUAAAGAUGUGCGUGGUUUCAUAAUGUUUGAUGUGUUAAUAUGUCGUUAAUUUCCGAAGAAUACUCUGGAUUCAUCAGCAGGUGUGUUGUAGGUGAUAAUCAUUCUGUCAAAAGACGAAUUACGAAUGAAUGUGUUACAUUAGGUGAUUUCUGCAUAUAAUAUGUGAGGGCGAGAGGUUUGUGAAGCCUAUCGAUCGGCGUUUUUGGUGGUCAAAUUAUCAGAGAGACUCUCUAGAGUUUGUAUCGCACACGGAUGAGCGGCGUGCACGCGAUGUUGUCCUUCGUUGAAAGGGUGCCUGGUAUUUUUUCUUGAGAUUUUACGAGCGAGCUGUGCGACACCAGUUGUCUGCAGGCGGGAUUUGUCACAUGGCAAGCGAUACAACUUAUUGUCGCGAGCACUCUCCAUGCACUCGCCGCAGAGAGAGGAGAGCUUUUUUCUCUAGUGUGUUAUGUCACCUCCGGUUCGGAGCGCUUACUUGUGUAAGAUGGAGUGCAACUUCUGUCAGAUGUAAAGCAGAGGCCUUACAGGGGAGGGAAUAGAAACUGCUACAUGGAUAGCGCGGGUAAGUAAAACCAGGAAAAAAAUGAACAGAAUUGCCUUGAAUAUUAUUGUGGGGAACGACUGACUGCAGGCAAGGAGGUCUUCUCGAGGCCCUUCUUGUUGUUUUGCGCGGUAGUCGCAAUGAUGCAAGAGAAUUGUUCAGUCCUAUGCACCCUUCGAUAUCUGUUCUCAAGGUCUUCGGUCGAGCAGUUUGCUUGCGGUUGUAGAAGGGAUAUGGUCUAGAGCUAGGCCAAAGCUCAGGAGAGGACAUUGGAGGAGGCGGGCUGUCCUUCCUUCAUCAUUUUUUUGUCUACCUAGAUACGGCCUUCUUUUGCUCGUUAUCUCGAUGUGAUACGUAGUCUCAUGGUCGUUCCCGCGAGCAGGAAGAACUAGGAUUGAAAGCAGUGCCGGCAUCAGCAGCUACUGUGCAGCAAUAGGUGGUCCCUUCCCUGAAUUAUUAGGCCGCGUACAGCAGUAGAGGCGAGGAAGGGAAAUGACAGGCCGUACUAGGCACUUCAAGAGAGGAGGAGCAUUCUGACUGACAAAACAACUUGAAC